ACGGCGCGUGCAGCAGUCUUCCUUUGGCGCUGUCUGCGGUCACUAACCUUUGUGUUGUGGCUCCAGCUGGCACACCUGUGGCCCCCCCGAGCACCCCUGGCGGAUUGUUACAAAGAGGAAGCCUUUUUUUGGGGGGGGGGGGGGUUCAGCUGUCGCCGCGAUGAGGACGUGAGACUCGACGUGAGUCGCUCCAACGAAAGCGGUGUUUUUUUUUUUGUAUUGUUUUGGGUUUUUUGUUGUUGUUGUUGUUGAGUGGCGGGGGACAAAUGGCUCGUUUUGGCAUCGACGGCUUGAGAUGGAUCCGGGAAACCGACGACGGUUUCUGAUUGACGUGCAUCGAGGAAAAUCCGAAGUGAAGUCGGGGGAAGCGAUGAUGAGCUCAGGCAGACAAAAGCCACCCGUGGCCCCAAAACCCAAGCUGGCCCUGCCUCAGAGGACAAGGCCGUCUCCAUCAACUCCGAGGAGGGCAGGCCUCGCACUUGCGUCUCCUGGCACAGAGAAGAGGUUGAAACCAGCACUGGCCCCCAAACCAUGCCUGUCCAAACCCCCCACUGCUGUGGAUCCCAUAGCACUUGCUUCAAAGAUCCCGCUCCAAACAUCUGGCCCACAAACCCCACGCAUCAAGGGUCUUCUCAACGCCCAGAACGGAAUGCAGCAAGAGAACAAAAAGCCAGACUGGGAUUAUAUUAUUCCCAUUUGCCUGUGUAGCCAGGAACACUGCAUGUGCAUCAGGCAGACAUCAGUGAACAGAAUACUCCUCUCUCGAGGAACCGUGGGCACCAGCGGAGAGAAAACAAACGGUGUUAACUGCAACGGGAUGAAGGCCACCACUAACGGUCAUCUCACAAAUCACAAACCUCUCAACGAGUCAUUUACUCUGGACAAACGUCUCAACGCUGACGGCAACGACUGCCGCACCGAGGCGGCUGUCCGGCCGCCCCUUCCCCACAGAACGCCGAGCGAGGAGACAAACGGUCACGUGAUUCCUCGCGGAGCACCUGGGCGUGGACCGAGGGUCGAUGCUUUUGGCUCCGAGCGCGUGUCUUCUGCGCCCCAGAGCAGGCCCGUCCCGGCAGCCGCCUCUAGGAAGCCCAUCCCCGUCCCUGUCCCUGUACCACGGAAAACCCCGGUGGCUGUUCGGGCCCAUCAGGAAAAGGUGGACGAGCAGAGCGGAGAGAUUGUACGGCAGGAAGGGAGGGAAUUUAACGUCAAAGAGGUGACGGUGUCAUCGGAGGGGAAAGGCCUCUCAUCGCAGACCGCGUUUCUGCCUGUGAGAAAGGCCUCCGCUCAGCCGUCCCCGCUGCCCAGGAAGAAGCCGUUGCUGUCCGCACCUGACAAAGCAACGGCCCCCGCCCCGCGAGCUGUCCCGGGUGACGUGGAGGAGGAAGACCUGGGUUGGGACUGCAGCGUCCAGGAGAUAAAGGCGUCGCUGGGCAAGUACGAUGAGGAGGUGCAGAAAGAACGGGUGCUCGAUGAGGACUUGGUCUUCAGUGACUUCACACAAAGUCCUCUUUCCAGUGGUUCGCCCCACCAGCCGGAGCGGAGCCAGCCACCUGCCGUGGACUCUGGGGUCAGGGUGGCUGUCAAGAAGCCUCUAAGAAACAGCGCCCCGAUGGCGCUGUUGCAGAGGAAGGAAUCUUCUGAGGAGGAAGGAGAGCGUAAACUAGAAGACGGUGAAAGAAGUCGAGGCCUUCCCACACGGGGCCGUGUUUUCCAGGACAUGGUAACGAGGGAGCUGCCUUCGCCUCCGGUCGGGGAAACGAGCAGAAAAAUCGUGACACCCGAAGUCUUGAAGCCCACUCGGUCCAGCCUGAGCAAACAGAAAGCCAAGUCCUUCUCCGGCGCCGACCUCCUUCGUUCUCACAGACCAAAGAAAAACUCUUUCCGCAAAAUGCUGCACUUGACGCUCUCUGCGAAGAUGCUUCCUAAGCUGAAGGCGAAAGGAGACAACAGCUCGGACUGCAGUGCAGAUGAAAAGGAACAAAAUGUGGACAGGGACCAAGACGGGUGUCAAAACCUCCGAGAGGAUCCCGAGGCUCGCCCCAAAUUCCCCUGCGCUCUGAUUGGAGUAGAGCAAAACGUGGACGGAGAUGAGUACUAUGAGAACGUGCCUCACUAUGAAGAUAUACCAGACUACGUGAAUGUGCAUGUGGGAGGGGCAGUUGCAUCCUCCCGGACCUCCACCGCACGGCCACCGGCCUGCGAGUAUGACGAUGACGGCAUUUAUGAGGAGCAUGAGCCGUACAUGUCCUUCGAGAAGAACACGGGACUCCAACGGUGUGAGACGCCAGCAGACGAUGACAGGAGCUCCGUCGAUGAGGAGGUGACUCCCCUGGAUGAUGGCGAAUUGGACGAAGACAACUUGGCCAACACCUCCGAGGAGGAAGGCGAUAGCAGCUCCACCUCGAGUCAAGGAGACCCCGAGCAGCCAGAAGAGGGUCCGACGCAGAUUAUACAGAAGAAGAGCAAGAUUCAUCACAUCGCCACAGAAAUUAUGAGCUCCGAGAGUGUGUUUGUGGAUGUCCUGAAGCUGCUUCAUGAAGACUUCCGUGACACCGUAUCCGCGGCGUCCCGUCAGAGCGGCAAGCCUGUGAUCGAGGAGCGUCUUCUCAACCAGAUUCUGUACAACCUCCCGCAGCUCUACGAACUCAACCAAGACCUCCUCCGAGAGCUGAAGCAGAGAGUCGCCAAAUGGGAUGAAAAUGCUCAGCUAGCUGACAUUUUCCUGAAGAAAGGUCCCUAUCUGAAGAUGUACUCCACAUACAUCCGCGAGUUUGACAAGAAUGUGGCUCUACUGGAAGAGCAGAGCAAGAAGAACCCGGCAUUCGGCACAGUGGUUCGGGAAUUCGAGGCUAGUCCACGCUGUGCCAACUUGGCUCUGAAGCAUUACCUACUGAAGCCUGUUCAGAGGAUUCCUCAGUAUCGGCUGCUGCUCACAGAUUAUCUAAAAAACCAGUCCGAAGACUCGGUUGAUUACAAGGAUACAGAAGCCGCUCUUGAAAUAGUGAAAGAGGUGGCCAGCCAUGCCAACGACGCCAUGAAGCAAGGGCAUAACUUCCAGAAGCUGAUCCAGGUGCAGUGCAGCCUGAGCGGCCACCAUGAGAUCGUCCAGCCUGGACGGAUCUUCCUGAAAGAGGGCACAUUAAAGAAGCUGUCAAGGAAGGUCAUGCAGCCCCGGAUGUUCUUCCUGUUCAACGACACAUUGCUGUACACCACUCCUGUCCAGUCAAGCCAGUACAAGCUCAAGAACAUGUUGUCUCUGGCUGGGAUGAAGGUUAGCAAACCAAGCCAAGAGGCCUAUCAGAAUGAGCUGAACAUUGAGAGCGUUGAGCGUUCCUUCAUCCUCUCGGCGAGUUCGGCCUCCGAGCGAGAUGAAUGGCUUGAGGCCAUCUCCACGGCGAUCACAGACUACACAAAGAAAAAGAUCAGCUUUAUAUCGGGCAAACCUCCAGAGGAGGUGGAGCGGGUAGAUUGGGGUGAUGGUGCUCUUUUGGGAUCCAAAGCCCCUAUAUGGAUCCCUGACCCGCGGACCACCAUGUGUAUGAUCUGCACCUGUGAGUUCACCCUAACAUGGAGGAGACAUCACUGCCGGGCAUGUGGAAAGGUGGUGUGCCAGUCAUGUUCCGCCAACAAAUGCUGUCUUGAAUACUUAAAGAACCAGUUGGCACGAGUGUGUGACCAGUGUUUUCCUGUUCUUCAGCUGCAAAGUGUGCAAGCCCAAUCCACAGCUCUAUCCCCUGGAAGCAGAGCUACCUUUGCUUUCUCCAGGAAGCAGAAGAAGAUACCCGCCGCCCUCAAAGAGGUGACGGCAAGCACAGAUAACUCCUCUAUGAGUGGGUAUCUGCAGAGGUCAAAGAGCAAUAAGAAGCAGGGGAAGAGGCUGUGGUUCGUUAUCAAAGACAAGGUCCUGUAUACAUACGCUGCAAGUGAGGACGUUGCAGCCUUAGAGAGUCAGCCCCUAUUAGGGUUUGUGUUGAAAGUUGAUUCAGCACAUGAGUUGCAGUUCAAACUUUACCACAAAAAAACACUUCACUACAUUUUUAAAGCUGACGACGUCCAAACGCAACAGAGAUGGAUCGACUCCUUCAAAGACGCCACAGUGCUUUAAUAUUGGUUGGCAGUGUGUGUAGCUGUUCAACAUACUCGUUUACCUCAAUGCUCUCUGACUUCUGGAAAAAAAACAUCUGGAGAGACCAUAAUAGUUGCACUGAAAUAAAUUCCACAUGUUUAUUACCUGUAUCAGUGGAGUGGUUACCUUUUACAUAGUUUAAAGGGUGGGAAUUAGUUUUAUAUGUAACAAGAUUUUUUUUCUAUUUAGAUCUUUGCAAUUUAAGAGUAAAAUGUCAAAUUUGAGACAUUUUUGGUUCAAUUGUAUUUUCUAAGUACCCAACUUACAAUACUGCUACAGUCAAUUGCUUUGUAAUGAAUGAUUUCCUUACAUUUUGCUUGAGAUUGAUUGAGUACAUUUUAGAGUUUAAAGCAGAUCAAAUUUGUUUUCAAAGGAUUACUUUAUUUCAAAUCAUUGUGUGUCCUCUAGUAGAAUACACCAUGUGCACUUGUCACGUUUGUGUGAGAAACCUUCACCAUACAUUGUUAAAGUUUUCUUUAACUCUGAUUCUAAUUUUUCACUGUUUGAACAUUAAAUGCACAAUGAUGACAAAUGCACUUAAGUAACUUGACCGGCUGUAUAAAUGAUGUCCCUACAAACAUAUCUGCUGUAAAUAAACAGGAAUGUUUAAUGUGAUCAUAUUUCCAUGAAUAAGGUUUUUUAUUAUUUAAAUUCUCUACUGUAAUAAAUUCUUGUUUUACUGUUCUUUUUUCUCAUGUUCAAAUGUGAAAGGCACUAACAAGUGUCAGUGGCACAUGAUGGCAACGUUUAGGACAACAGAGAUUACAUGAAUGCUUACCGCAAGGUACUUUUGAGUAAGGUUAUUUCACUGGACUUUUCAGUGUAUGACUAUGAAAAAUGCCAGCAAUUAUAUCACAGCGGAUUCAAUAGAGAGCAUUGUUCACCAUAUUGCUCAUCUUAGAACUGACGUCUGAACUUUUCAGACAUAAAUGAAAAAAAUAAGUUGUGAAUUAGUCUGAGUAAGUUUAUUGACUAAGCAACCUGUCUUUUUUUUUUUUAAAUAAAAUUACUCCGUAAUACACUCUUUGUGA